UUCGAAUAAUAAAUCAAUUUUUCGUCGUGAAGGUCAUGUAUAGAUUCAAGGUGUCUGCACCGGGCACGAUGCUUUUAUGCGGACAACGUAACAAAACUUGUGUAGCAGCCGGCUUAGACAUGCGUACCGUACUUACAUUCUCUUCGUUUCCUACAAAAGUAGUUCGAAGAGAUUUUAUUGAAAUAAAUUUCUCCAGUAUCCAAUUACACAUGAAGAUACCUUUACGCAUAUUUCUCUUAUAUUUUUAUAAUAAAAAUUACGAUUACGCAGAUAAACGUUGUAUGUUGCUUAGGACAGUAAAAAACUUUAUUACCUUCUUGACGGGCUUUCCCGGCAAUUACGAACCCAGCAACCACGCACAUCAGUUAAGCUUACAAGCUUUUUUUUUUCUUCUCGUUUCUAUUAGCUACAAAAAAGGCAUCAUUAUAAAAUCAUCUUUCAUUGUGAUACUAUCAACGGAAUUGCCGAUCGGUGAGGGUCUGGGCAGUUCGGCAUCGUUUGUGGUAUGUCUCGCGGCAUGUUUUUGGCGUUGGUCCCUCCUGCAGAAAGGAAAAGUCCGCUACAGAUUUAAGUCUAAAGAUCUCAUAUAUAUCUCGGAAUAUGCUUACAUUUGUGAUAAUAUUGUAUUCAAUUCCUCAACUAUAAUCGACAUCAUAAUAUCCACGUAUGGCAUGAUAAAAGUAUUCAAAGGGGAUACACUGAGGUCAAAUGAUUUUCCUGACGUACCGAGCAUGAAGAUCCUGCUGGUCUUUUCGAACGUUAGCCAGAAAAUCGAUCGAAGCAUGGAAACAAAAGUGAAAGAGCAUUCAUGUUCUUCUGUUGAUUUUAUUCUAAAUAGUAUGGAGACUAUAUCGAUAAAGAUCAUUCACAUGAAUCAGGGACUACUAAGAGCAUUAGGCACGUCACAUCCAAGCCUAGACAUUAUUUGCGGAAUUGCACGGGAUUUUUCACUCGGAGGAAAAAUCGCCGCCACCGGCGGAGGUGGAUACGCAUUCAUUUUGCUGCUGCCAAACAACUCAGAUGAAUACAUCCAAGAUCUGAUCAAGAUGUUUGAGUCGCAUAAUUUCCCUGCCAAGAUAGCCAAUUUGAAUUGUAGCGGAGAUAUUAUUCACAUGAAUCAAGGACUACUAAAAGCAUUAAGCAUGUGGCAUCCAAACUUGGAUAUUAUUCCGCAAUUGCUCGAAGUUUUUCAUUCGCGGAGAAGCUUGUGA